CUUUUAUUACACGCAAUUGUUCAUCAGAGAAAGCUAUGGGUAUGGCCCAACUGAAGCUAUCGCCCAUGACCAGAAUGGGAAUGUGCUGCCUGCAGCCUCGGUCCGAAGGCACUUUGGGGCGCGCUGGGCUGGUCUUACUGACGACACUGAUAUUAUCUACGUGCCUAUGGUAUGGGUGCAUGAGAAUUUCUCGGGAAACCGCAUUGUCGACCCAGCCCUCGAGUUGUUCUAUAGGUUGAUAUUAGGUGGGACAUUACCAGCCCCAUACAACAUAACUCGUCCAUUGACCAUCGUGCUCGAGCCUGGUGAAAUAGGUGCACCAUAUGAUAGCGCAUGGCGCGACCCCACGAGUGGACGGGCGCGGGACCCAGCAGAAGUGGCCCGGAUAUUGUCACGCACGUACGCAAGAAAUGGGUUCAUGCCCCUCGAGGUGGGCCCACCCGACGAGAUAUUCAAAGUAUUGGGCCGUAAAGUGGAGCCCAGGGACCACCCCGCUGACCCGGCCGACAUGUCCAUUAUGCCCCCAGAUCCGCCAGGUACUUACAAGGUGAUCCAGACUUUGGCGGAACGGUACUAUCGGGUUCUGGAUGGCGAUCCAGACUAUGAAACACAUCAAGUUCCAGUGGCACAGACGUAUCCAGAUGCGGUGUCCAGCUUUCAUGUAGUCCGCAUUAUCGUGCCAUUCAUAAGCCAACGAGUUGUCGAUGAGUUUAUCCACUUCGACGCAGCAACAACUGCCGGUAACACAUUGGCUAUCACAGAGGCCUGGAACAGGGUCAAUGAUAAUCGACCACAGGGCCAAAAGCUACGGCUACGUGAAAUCAUACUUGCGUUCUGGACUUCCCAUCUCGGAAGGGCGGCCCUUGAUCUGCGAGCUAUCAUAUACUUUGAUCCGGCAGAACAUGUGCUUAGAAACGAGCUGUUCCAGGCUAUUUAUAGACUGAUGAGUAGGGACAUACUUACCAAUCUCAUUGUCAACAGGGACACGGAGUCCACAGAAGAAAUGCGGUCAUUCAACUUGUUGCUAGAGAGGGCACCGUUCUGCAUUGGGGUUCACAAGAUGCUGGAGGAGUUUCAAGAGUUUGAGGAAGUCAGCAUAACAUCAUUUGAGUUUCUGCCGGUUCUUACCGGGGACUCCAUUGACAAGAACAAGCCUCGAUUCAAUUUUCGGAUUAACUUUUCGUAG